AUGACGGAACCGUUUCCUCCGCUGAAUGGCGGACUGCCGCACAAUCCUGCCCCUCAAAGCGCACCCAGGCGCCGAAGGAAAUCAAGUGCCCUCGGCGCUGACGUCCCUGGCGAUGUUGACGUCCCGUCCCUGGCCACAUAUCGAUCUGUCACCCCUCCGCUGCACAGCCCAGUGACCAUGGACUCGAAAUCAGACAAGUCGGGACGCCGCUCAAAACGAAAGACGACACGUCGAUACCUCUCAAAGGCAAAGCGAAUGUGCAUUCGGCACACCUGGUUGCUCCCUCUCGUCCUCACCCUUACCAUUGUAUCACUAUACCUCGUCUACCCUUACUCGUCCAACCCGCUGUCGGCCUGUCUCUUCCUGUCAUACCCACUCGCACGCGACGACCCCCUCAUCCCCGCCCACGUGCGAGCCGACCCCAAUGCGCCCCUACACUAUGGCAAAGGCGGACGGGAUUUCGCUUUCGUCGGCUUCUACACCAUUGUCCUGAGCUUUACCCGCGAGUUUUGCAUGCAGCGUCUCAUCCGCCCCAUUGCCCUUCACUUUGGCAUCCGCAACAGGGAUAAGCAGUCGCGUUUCAUGGAGCAAGCAUACACUGCUCUUUACUUUGCUAUCUACGGUCCAUUUGGCGUAUGGAUCAUGUCGCGUACUCCGGUGUGGUACUUUAAUACUACUGGCAUGUAUGAGGGAUUCCCCCACCGAACCCAUGAGGCAGUCGUCAAGGCGUACUAUCUACUGCAAGCCAGUUACUGGGCCCAGCAAGCCAUUGUGCUCAUGCUGAUGCUCGAGAAGCCGAGAAAAGAUUUCAAGGAACUGGUAGCGCACCACAUCAUCACUGUCAGCUUGAUUUGGCUCAGCUACCGCUUCCACUUUACCUACAUGGGUAUUGCUGUGUACAUUACCCACGACAUUUCCGACUUUUUCCUCGCCUCGUCCAAAUGCCUAAACUACAUCGAUUCUCCGAUUGUGACGCCGUACUUCUUCGUCUUCAUGCUCGUUUGGGGAUACGCCCGCCACUACAUCAACCUCAAAAUCAUCUGGUCCAUCCUCACCACUUUCAAAACCGUCGGUCCCUUCGAACUCAACUGGGAAACGCAACAAUACAAGUGCUGGAUCAGUCAAUACAUCACCUUCGGCCUCCUUGCUUCCCUACAAGCCGUCAACCUGUUCUGGGGCUUCUUGAUUUGCAGGAUUGCAUACCGCUUUGCGGUGUACAAGGAUAUGGAGGAUGAUCGUAGCGAGUACGAGCCGACGGAUGAUGAGACGGAGGCAAAGGAGAAGUUGAUCAAGGAGGAUGGUGCGGACAAGGAGACGAAGUCGCAGAUGGAGAAGGUGGAGCAGAUGGCGCCUGUUACGCCUGCUCCGGCGCAUCCGGUGGCGGUGGAGCAGGAUUCAAUUGGGUCGAGGGUUAAGCAACGGAAGAGUGGGAAGCAUUGA